CAGCAACAUAAAGUCCAGGUGAGGGAUCAGUAAAUACAACGUGCCUGAAAGGCAGGCCUUGAGCACAUUCCUCUGGUAGACAUUAACUUAUUAAAUCGACCCUGACUGCAAAUACAAACUUUGCCCCAUCUCACCUGGCAACCAUAAAGGAGGUGAAUUUCAGUCUAUAAAAGCAAGUGGGAACUGUUGCUGGAUCCCAGGCUCCAACAACCUCCCUCCGGCAAGAUGUGGCACUUCAAACUCUUUGCAGUGCUCAUGAUCUGCUUGCUGCUGUUGAACCAGGUGGAUGGCUCCCCCAUACUGGAACUGAGUUCAACGAAGAGAAGGCUACGGAGAAUGACCCCGUUUUGGAGAGGGGUCUCCCUCAGGCCCAUUGGAUCCUCUUGCCGGGACGAUUCCGAGUGUAUCACGAUGUUGUGCAGAAAAAGACGCUGUUCCCUAAGUGUGGCCCAGGAAUGAUGUGCAAAUCAGGGGAAAAGAGGACAGCGCUCACCUACAACAAUGCUCCGUUCUAUGGAAUAUUGAUGAACUGCAUUUUGGCUGGAGACACUUAAGUGAAGCAGUCUUGUAUUUUUAAUAUUUAAAGACAGAUGUAUGCUUUAAACUGGUCUCCGUUUCUUCUUAGAAUGUUAUGUAGAUAAGCAUUAUUAAACUUGUCAGUUUAGAGUUUAUUUUUCUAUGUAUAUUAUUAAAUGUCUCAAAA